AUGUCCAAAUUUCUCAUUGUGUGCCUUCUUGGUCUAGUUGUUGGAAAAAUGUAUGUUUAUUCUCCUGAUGCCCUCAGACAGGAAAUGCAAAGCCGAUACCAGCAUGGAGAGAUCAGAAACUCAUUGGCAAACUUUGGAAAUCCUCCAUACGGAUCCGUCAUUAUUGGAAGAGUUUUUUACCGUGAUUCCCAAUCUGACGCAUGCCAAGCUAUGCAGAUGUUUGACUGGACAGAUGAUCCUGAUCAAAUAAAUACCCCGAUUCUUCUUGUAAGGCGCGGAUCCUGUCCUUUUGUAAUGAAAGCAAGGCAUGCUCAAGAUAUUGGAGCAAGAGCUCUUAUUGUAAUCGACAACAAAGACGAGAACCCUGAAAGUAUUAUUAUGAUCGACAAUGGAUCUGCUGGCAAUAUUUUUAUACCAACUUUUUUGAUUUCAAAAUCUGAUGGAGAGCUCCUCUUAAAGUAUAUCAAUAACAACGUAUACGCUCGGCAUGUUGCUAUAUCACUUACAUUUACGAUGCCACACAAUGGAAACAAAAUAAGUUAUGGUCUUUAUAUGUCCUCAGAAAAUGCAGUUUUCUAUGACUUCCUAAAAGAUUUUGCUUCUCUCGGCAGCGAAAUCGCAAAAACAGAAGCCGCUUUUCAGCCUCAUUAUGUGACGAAGACUUGCAUUCCUUGCAGUUCCAAUAAUUUUAAGCAGGAAGAAGCUAACUGCUUAAGCGGAGGCAGGUACUGUAUAGAUCCUCCUACAGAAACUAGCUCAGGAAGAGACUAUGUAUAUGAAAACCUUAGAGAAAUUUGCAUAUACAGGCAAACAGACUCAAAAGAUAACUAUGCCUUAUGGUUCAACUAUAUAAAACAUUUCCACGAAUUCUGCAGUGGAGGAAUAGUAGAAACCUGUGUAAACUCCGCAAUGACAAAAGCAAAUGUGAAUGUUAAAAAAGUGAAUCAGUGCAUAGAAGAAAGUUUCAGUGGAAAAAACCAUUUAAUUGAUGAUAACCAGCUGCUGAAAGAUGCAAAAGACUUCUGGGGUAACAUUGCAGUUUCUUAUUAUCCAGCUCUAGUUAUCAAUAAUCAAACUUAUAGAGGAGAUUGGGAAGUUGAUCCAGUUAGAAGAGGACUGUGCGCUGGGUAUAGUUAUGGACAAGACCCAUCAUUUUGCAAAGAAGAGCCAACUGUGACGGAGCCAGAAAAUGAAGGGAUUGGGGCUUGGUCAAUUAUUUUGAUUCUACUCUUAUGUGUGGUGCUGGUUGGAGCUAUUUUAGUUUUCUAUAGAAUGUGGAUAAGGAGAGAAAUGAAAGGUGAAAUGAGACGACAAGUAAACACUGCAGUUACACAAUAUUUUGCUUUGGCUGACUCGUCUAGUGUGCAACUUGGAGAAAGACAAGCAGUGAGAGUAUCAUAUAACUAA